UCUGCUCUCUCUGUCUCUCUCCAAAUCCCCCAAUCUUCACUUCUUCUCAAUCUUUGUUAUUUGUUUGUGAAAUUAAUUAAGUGCCGGAAUGAUUGUCCCAAAUAGGAAGAUGAAGACGAUGGGAGCUGUAUCGGGUCGGAUCAAGUACACCGAACACAUUUAUAUCACAAACAAAAUGGUGAAAUCAACACAGACCGGGACUAGAAUCGUUCGGAUUUGUGUAACUGAUGGAGAUGCUACCGAUUCCGAUUCCGACGAAGAUGACUCGGUUUGUUAUGAGAGAGUGAAGAAGCACAUUAACGAGAUAAGGAUGGAGGAUUACAGAAAGUACGCGGCUGUCACAAAAAACAGAGGAGUGAAUCAAGUGAAGCCACGUGAACAUAAAUCAAAGAGCAAUCUACAGGGUAAUAAGUACAGGGGAGUUCGACAGAGGCCUUGGGGGAGAUGGGCGGCGGAGAUUAGAGACCCUACUCGUCAAAAAAGGGUGUGGCUGGGAACAUUUGAUACAGCAGAGGAGGCUGCUGUGGUUUACGACGAGGCGGCCAUUCGCCUCCAAGGACCAAAUGCUCUAACUAAUAUUGUAAAACCACCUCCACCUCCUCCAUGUAUUGCUGUUUCAGGGUACGAUUCAGGUAAAGAAUCUCAAUGCCUGCCUUCUCCAACAUCAGUUCUCAGAUUCCAACAAUCAGAAGCAGGAGUGGUCAAAAACGAUGAGCAGCAAAUAUUGGAGUCAGAUGGGUUUUUGUUAUUAGAUGAUUGUUGGUUGAAAGAGUACUUUGAAUCAGAAAUUCCUGCCCCUAUAUUUUUGGAGGAGAUCAGUGAAGUAGUUGGUACAGGAUUAAGUAAAGAUGACAGUAUUUUGUGUGAUAUUUCAAUGGGUUUAGAUGAAGAUUUGGGGUCUUGUACAUGGUGGGAUGUGGAGAGUUGCUUUCAAGAUCCAGUGGCACUCGAGUGAAUAUGUCAGUUGGCCAAAUUUAAGAAUCCUUUCUGGUCUAUGGGACUUGUUCAGCUGCUUUUGGUUAAAAGUUACAAAAUGUGAAGUUUUGUUCCAUUGAUUGAUGGUAAAUUCUUCUCAAGACUAGUUUUUUUUUACUUUUGGGUACAUAUCUACAUCAAGUUUUGCCUUGUUAACUGCUUAUUGAAAUGUGUAAAUAAUAUUAAGUUAUCUUUUAGUUUCCAAAUGAAGGGUCUUGGUCUGGUCUUGUACUACAAAAGGGUUUUAUAUGUGUGCUGCUGUCUACGUUUAAGGACUUUUCUCUGUCUAUGUUAUAUGAGUUAUGA